AUGCCGUUGAAGAUUUUUUUAUUUAUGGUUUUGAUUCUUCUUACUGUUUUUUGGAACAACGCAUUUAAGAAAGCACUUUCCUCUUAUCACCAAAUACCACAGCAGUUCUCUGAAGAUCUGCCUGGCUGUUUAGCUAUCAUCAGUGGGAAUGCAGAAAGGAAGAAGACCACCUUAGAAGCUCUUCAAGCAUCCAGGAAACGACCUGCUUUGCCUGCAGACUUCUACAUCAAUGUCACAAAGGACUGUCCAGCUUUCAUUGAGAAGAGGAGUUUCAUUACGGUGCCUCUGAGUGAGGAGGAGAAACAUUUCCCUAUUGCAUUCUCUAUUGUGAUCCAUGAGAAGAUUGAGAUGUUUGAGCGACUCCUACGAGCUAUUUAUGCUCCUCAGAACAUCUACUGCAUACAUGUGGAUCUCAAAUCACCUUUGGAGUUUCAGACGGCUGUGAGGUCUAUAGUUUCCUGCUUUCCUAAUGUAUUCAUAGCCAGCAAGUUAGAAAAUGUUCUAUAUGCUGCUUGGACCAGAGUCCAGGCAGAUCUGAACUGUAUGAAGGAUCUGCUGAAAUCUAACGUCCAGUGGAAAUAUCUGCUGAACACCUGCGGGACAGACUUUCCCAUCAAAACAAACAGAGAGAUGGUGAUGGCUCUGAAAGCCCUAAAUGGCAGAAACAAUCUGGAAUCUGUGCCCGUAAUAUCCACCCACAAAUUUCGCUGGAAGUUUCAUUUCAAUGUCACGACUGGCAAUAUCACUCGGACAUUUGUAAAUAAGAGUCCUCCCCCUAUCAGUGUCCCCAUGUUCCAAGGAAGUGCCUACUUCAUUUUCUCAAGGGUCUUGGUGAAACAUUUGAUAGAAUACAACAACAAAGAGGUGCAGUACUUUAUGGAGUGGGAGAAAGACACGUUUGUCCCUGAUGAAACCUUCUGGGCCACUCUACAGAGGAUGCCUUCUGUUCCUUUGUCUACACCUGCUCACUCCUUGUAUGAUGUGACAGAUAUGGGAGCUAUUGUACGUUUGACAAAGUGGUCUUUUUUAGCAGGAGAUGUUAAAAAAGGAGCCCCCUACUCUGAUUGCACAGGGAAAUACCAAAGAGAGGUUUGUGUGUAUGGAGCUGGUGACCUCCUGUGGCUCCUGAGACAACACCACCUCUUUGCAAAUAAGUUUGACCCUGAAGUUGAUGAUGUCGCCAUCAGGUGUGUGGAGUCAAUUCUGCGUUUCAGAGCUUUAGGUCAAGAUCCCUUGCCAACCCAGGAAUAUUCAGGAUUUUUUCUUUAA